AUGUGGCAAAAGGAGGCUUGGGCACCUCGCAAGGCCUACGCACUCACCACCGUGCCCAUGGGACAUCUGCCGAGCACAAGUGUCCAAUUCACGGAGUUCUUGGAAGUGGAGAACCAGGAUGACUACUACAGCAUGGACGCUGGUUACGUCCACACCCAGGACCAUCAAGGAGGGUAUGUCAUGUAUGAUGAAGCCUUAAAUGAUCUGAAGGAACUAGAGACAGAACUGCUGCUUGUGGCCAGCCAUUACACUGAGAAAGAAAAAGGUCACAAAGAGGGCAGCAAGUCAAAUAUUGACCAGGACUGGGGAUGGGCCCAUGCAGGUAUGGACAGAUUUGCUGUGCUGUAUGACAUGUGGACUUGGGAAGCAACUCUUCUAGAAAACAAGCGCCAACUUCUUGGCAAUUACUCUGAAGCCUACCAGCAUGCGUUGGACCCAGAGGAGAGGUUUGCCUUAGCACAAGUGAUCACUGACAUCAUACACAGGUGCCCAAGGUUUGAUCUCAGCUACCCUUACUUCAUUAAGGCCUACUGAGAGGAAUGCACCUGCCUGAGGCUUCACCUGCAGCUGGUGAGGGGCAUCCUCAUGUGAAUAGAGUGUCAGUGGGAGUCUGUCCAGAGGAUUUGGCGUGAAGGCCAUCCAGAUGCUAGCAAUACAGUUGGACUUCCCCUUAACGUGAUUUGCAAAUAACUCGUUUCCGUCAACAAUAGCUGCCCAGCUUUGACAAACAUUUACCUGCUGGAGUUCCACCCUUCCCUGGGCCUGGCUUUGCGCAUCCCCAGAGCCCUUGAGCACCUCCUCAGGGAGGCCUGCCACACCUGCAGGCCCACAUCAGCCAGUGCGCUCACCUUGCUAGAGAGACGCAUGCUGCGGCUGGCCCUGGAUGUGUGGCUCACUCCAGCCAAGCCCAAGUCCUGGUACAGCGCAGAGCUCCAGAAAGACCUGUUUUCAGCUAAAGUGAUGGGCGAUCCCUUCCUCGUGGGGGAGAUAGGCCUGCUUGCAUUCAAGUCUGCAGCAGACGAAGGACAAAACCAAGGCCAAGAUUCUCAUAUGCUGCUCCUACGGACAUUUUCCAAACUUUUGGAACUCUUGACCCUCCGGCACAGGCUGAUAGAGAUGAGUCUGGAGAGUGUACACUUAGCACAUCUCUGUAAGGACUUGGCGUGUGAGAUGGGUUUUGAAGAGUUCCAUUUGUAUCUGAAGCCUGUUCACUUUGAAUUUGCAUCACACGAGGACAAGGUGGUCCAUCCACCUCCUGUCUUUAUAAUCUCUCUGCUGGAGGACAGUGACCGCGUAGAUAGGGCUCUGGAAGCUUUCGUGUCUAUUCAACUAGAAAAGGUGGGGCUGCGGGACAUGAUGCUGAACACCUUCCUCCUCAGGAAACAAGCCAUGGCUGACAGAAUGAAGAACCUCGCUUUGUCCAUACCUGUGACUGAAAAGGAGGGACUUCAAUUUACCUAAUCAAGUUCUACAAAUUGGAUAUGAUGGAGGCUAGACCUUCUAGAUUACUGCUGAGCAAUAAUGGGGGCAAAGGACUCCUUUUGGAUGAAAUUGGGAAAGUCAAGAGAGACGUUAUAGUUGAAUAUUGCCAGAAAGGAAGCAGUAUCAGAAGUGACGGCUAAGAGGCACUUGGAAGAGAUCCAUGUCUCUGCCUUCAGACAAUAGCAACCUGACCAAGACAGAAGUUUCUUCUUGACAGAGGUCCUCUUUCUCUUUGAAAAGUCUCCAGGGACUUAUGUCCUGGAACUUCCGUGAGAGAUGGAACAACUUAGGUUCACCUCUGCACAUCAUCUCUUCUUCUGACAUUUUAGAUUCAACCGCCACAUGUCUCACUGUGCUCUUCGGGGGCAGAUCAUGGCAUACUGCAACAGCCUGAGAGCACUGCUGGACGAUUUCCCAACCAUCAGAGAUACCUUUUUCAUGGUGGGACAACCACAAGAAAAGAAGGGGUCGAGGGACUACAAGGAGGGCCUCAAGACUGACCCCAGGUAGCUUUUAGAGCCUUAAAGCUAACUCUACAGCUGAUAGCCCCUCUCCAUGACAUUGUGGCCUACCUCUUCAGUUUGGCUAAGUUGGAAAUUAUCCAGCACGUUUUGAAUUUCCUCUAAGUCCUAACCCUCUGAGAGGCGACUGGGAAGGAACUAAGGGUAUUGAUGGAACCCUCCUGGGGAAAGGCACAAGAAGAGGCUCAUUUGUUUCCCGGAGGAGGGUCUACUCCCACCACCCCCACGACCAC